CGGGAAUUUAGGUCGUCUUCGGAAUGUUGUUAAGUAUAUUCCCUCUUGCGCUCCUUCCUCUCAAUCACGAUGGUCAACGUCACUUACGACGCCUCCGGUACUCUCACCACGACAGACACAGACGGCGUCGUACACGUUUACAAUAAUGGUGACAUUGCAUGGACUCUUGCAGCCACUGCGCUUGUGUGGAUCAUGAUCCCCGGAGUGGGGUACCUGUAUUCAGGACUGUUGAGGAGGAAAAAUGCACUUGGUCAAAUUUAUAUGGGCGUUAUGAUCUUGGCCGUUGUCUCUUUUCAAUGGUUCUUCUGGGGUUACUCACUCGCCUUCAGUGAGACUGGUAGCAAAUACAUUGGAGACCUCAAAUACUUUGGUCUCAAAGGCGUCCUUGACGCUCCUUCAAUGGGUAGUGCGCGCAUACCUGCAAUCGUUUUCUGCGUGUACCAACUCAUGUUCGCCGCAAUCACCCCGAUGCUCGCCGCCGGCGCCUUUGCAGAACGGGGACGUUUGGGUCCUGUUCCCGUAUUCGUCUUCAUGUGGUCAACGCUCGUCUAUGAUCCCAUAGCUUGCUGGACCUGGUCAGCGAAUGGAUGGGCCUUCAUCAUGGGAGGUCUCGAUUUCGCUGGUGGAACUCCGGUCCAUAUUUCCUCGGGAACAGCUGCGUUGGCUAUUAGUAUCUAUCUUGGCAAGCGAAAGGGCUGGGGGACUGAGCGGCUAUCAUAUAAACCUCAUAACACGAGUUUCGUCAUUCUAGGCACCGUAUUUCUCUGGUUUGGAUGGUUCGGCUUCAAUGGUGGUAGUGCUCUGAGUGCCAACUUGAGGGCAGCCCAGGCCUGCAUAGUGACCAACCUCGCCGCUAGCGUCGGUGGGCUGACAUGGAUGCUGUGGGAUUACCGUCUGGAAAAGAAAUGGUCAGCAGUCGGUUUCUGUUCUGGUGCCGUUUCGGGGUUAGUGGCAAUUACUCCCGCGAGCGGAUUCGUUGGAUCCCCCGCCGCAGUACUGUUUGGAGUUAUGGCUGGCACAUGCUGCAAUUUUGCCACCCAGCUCAAAUUCGUCUUCGGUUAUGAUGAUACUCUCGAUAUCUUUGCGUCCCAUGCUAUUGGUGGCAUCGUCGGAAACAUUCUGACCGCACUUUUUGCUCAGGCCUCGGUCGCCGGAUUCGAUGGCAUCACUGUCAUCAACGGAGGUUGGAUUGAUCACCAUUAUAUCCAGCUUGGGUACCAGCUCGCCGACAGUGUCUCCGGCGUUGCGUACUCCUUUGUGAUGACAACAAUCAUCCUUUGGAUUAUGCACUUCAUCCCUGGCUGCCGCUUGCGUCUCAACGAGGACGUGUCAGAGGAGGCCCAGGCAGUUGGUAUGGACGACUAUGACAUGGGCGAGUUCGCAUAUGACUACGUUGGACUAGAGCAGGAGCUUGCUGGUGAGGACAGCGAUGCCCUUGGUGUGACGACUGGUGGCCGGGAACCUCAUCAUGUACAUCAACAUCACCAUGACAGUGGAACCAGCAGUGUAGAGGAGAAGAAGGAGGGACCAACCGUUACGUCUGCGUAAGCAGGUAGAAAACAUAUCUUAGUAGUUUAUGCCUUCAACUCUAUCACACAAACUCGUUUCCGCGCUGUACAUAUACUCUAGUCUUCGUAUAGUUGAGUAGUAUUUUACCCCGAAUUAGUGGGUUAUGACAUGAAUGGGAUUCCUUUUUUUUGGACAGCUUCCAGUAGCUUUCGUAUAUUCACAAUCUUGCAAUGG